AUGGUGCGCGAAAUUUUAUUUUUACACGUAGGACAGUGCGGAAAUCAGCUCGGACAUGAAUUUUGGUCUGUAGCAAUUAAGGAACAGUUGAAUAAAAAAAUAAAUGAGAAAAAAGAGCUAAUAGGGAAAUACAGUUCUAUGAACGAUUCAAUAACUUCCUUUUUCGAAAAUGACAGCGAAAAUUUUAAUUUAAAUCAGAAGGAAAGUUUGAAAGCACGGGCAAUAUUGGUAGACACCGAAACGGGGGUGGCAAAUGAAAUUAUGAAAAGUUCCCUUUCUUCUUAUUUUGACGAAAAUAAUAUUUUUACCCAACAAUCGGGUGCUGGAAAUAAUUGGUCCCAAGGGUAUAUGCACUAUGGAAGAAUGUAUGGGAAUUUAAUUGAUAACAUAAUUAGAAGGAAUGUUGAAAAAUGUGAUUCUCUGCAAUCAUUUUAUAUCACAUCUUCAUUAGGGGGUGGAACCGGUUCUGGAUUGGGUUCUUAUAUUUUAGAAAUGCUAUCUGAUAAUUAUAAACAGAUAAAAUUUAGCAAUUGCGUAUUUCCAUCAGCUUGCGAUGAUGUAAUUACAUCUCCGUAUAAUAGUUUUUUUGCCUUAACAAAAAUUCACGAGUUUUCGAAUUGCGUCUUACCCGUUUCGAACGAUGCGUUGUUAAAUAUUUUAAAUAGUAAAAAACUGAAAGAUAAAGAAAAUGACAAAAACGAUUAUUCAAAGAUGAAUAAUAUAGUGGCUAAUGUAAUUGUAAAUUUAACAAGUUCUAUGAGAUUUGAAGGAUCCUUAAAUGUUGAUAUAAAUGAAAUAUGCACAAAUUUAAUUCCUUACCCUUUUUUUAAUUUUAUGUUAUCAUCCUUAAGCCCUUGUACAGAAACGGAAAAUAUUAGAACAUUCGACCAUUUAUUUAAAAAUGUUUUGAACCACAAUAAUCAAAUGCUUAUUGCCAACCCGAAGGAUGGUCUCAGUUUGUCUAUGGCUUUCUUAGUUCGGGGAAAUAUCAACAUUUCAGAUGUUACCAAGAAUAUAUUAUUAACGAAGAAUAAUUUGAAUAUUUUACGGUACAAUAAGGAUGCCACUAAAAUAGGUUUGUGUAAUGUACCUCCUUUAAACCAGCCAUAUAGUUUACUGUGUCUAAUUAAUUCGUGUGAAAUACGAAAUACCUUUUUGCAAAUUUUGGAAAGAUUUAAUAAGUUAUUUAAAAGGAAGGCACACUUGCACCACUAUUUGGAAUAUCUAACUAUGGAUGACAUUUUAGAAUUUAAGGAGAAGAUACAAAACUUGAUUUAUGAAUAUAGCUAUAUUCAGAAAAAUUCAUUUUGUUCACCUAAAUUUUUGGACAAAAAUACCAUCAAUAUUUUGGGGUAUGAUGUUUGUGAGGAGGAGGAUGUUAAGGAAGAGAACAUCACUAGUGAAGACAGGGCGUGUCCGCACUAUUUGAGGCCCAAAAUGAGCAAGUACGAUAGAAGUGCCAACUGGUUUGACUUUAAAAAUAGACCCAUUGUUUGA